UUUGCAAUUAUAAAGAGAAAAACAGAGCAGGUUGAGACUUUCAGAUUCGAGAGAUAAAGAUAAAGAAAUUUUGAAGAGAGGCAGAAUGUAUGUGACAAGAUAUCUCUCCCAGUACAAGCAGCUCCCCAGCUCUCUCUCCUUACCUCCACCUGAAGGUCCGAAUUCGGGAUAUCUUGUGAUACAAGAUGAAGACUCUGUAGGUACUACUUGUUUUGGGUUGUGCAAAGAUACAUACAUUCGAGAGAUGCCAUUCCCUCAAGACAAGAGACUUACUGUCAGAUACUCGACAGGGGUUGGAAAGAACGAAAGAACUUACCAUGAUGAUGUCUUCUUCAUUCCAGCUCUUAAUCAACCUCUAUCUUCCAAUCGAUAUUACGUUAUAAAAGCGCAUGGCCGACAUAAAGGGGAAGCAUAUGCAAGUUCGAAUGAGGAUGACAAGGUCACUUGUUGUUUCUUCGACUGUACUACGGAUGUGAAGCCCAGAGAAUUGGAUUACGAGGACAUCUAUCAGCAGAUUGAAAUCACAGCUUUCGAGUCUUGUUUGGGUCCUAGUGGUUAUGUUGCCAAAUCUGUGGCUCAAGAUGGAUUUCCUCCUCGUUUCUUAGCCAGAAAAGGAUGGGAAGUUAAUACUUCAACUCCACGCAACUACCAGUUAUGCGAAGCUCAAGGCAUCAACGCCUCCCUUCGCACACGUCUACCACAAUUUGACUUCCCAUUGUCUUCUAAGACCUCUGGGACUGUGGGUGUGGGAAAGUGGUAUAGUCCGUUCGUAUUUAUAAAGGAAGAAGGAAAGUUGAAAGAUCAGAUGAAGAGAUCGAUGUUUUACGAGAUCAAACUCGAGCAGCAGUGGAAACAGAUUUAUGAAAGCGAGAACAAUCUCAAUGAUCACAAUUUUGUGGUUGUGGAUGUUUCAGUUCAAAAAGAAGUGGCAUUGCUAUUUGGCAAUGAAGCUCUACACAAUCACACACAAGUGACUGAAGGUGUGAUCUGGUUUAGUAAUGUGAAUGGAGGAGGAAGAGGAGGAGAAGUAGGAGAAUCAAAGGUGGGAUUGAGUUCAGCAAUUGUGGAGAGGAUGAGAUGGGAGCAAGAAAGAGUGGGAUGGGUUGGUGGGGGAGAAAAACAAGUGAGAGUUGAAAGGGUAGAAGAGUUUCAAGGAGGGAAUAAUGGGUGGAAGAAAUAUGGUUGUUAUAUAUUCGUAGAGAGGUUUGUAUUUACGAGAAUGGAUGGGAGCUUGUUACUAACCUAUGAGUAUAGACAUGCCCAUCAAAUUCGAAGCAAAUGGGAAUGAGCAUUAGUGAUCUACAACUACUAUAUAUGUUAUGAUUUCAAUACACCCUACAUAAGACAUGCCAU